AUGCGUGAUAUUAGGAAGGGCAGUCACGAGGAGAUGCGUGAUCAAGCCGCCGGGAGGACGGUGUUGUACACUUUUCGCGUAAUCAGCGCUAUCAUCGCGUUGCCACCUCGACUCGGACACCGACUCGGUCGCUCCCUCCACCUUUCCGCAGCAUCUCUUUCCGCUUCCGAGAACUCCCUGUCUUUCCUGUUACCCGAACUUGUCGCAUUCUCUCCCUCUCUCCCCCUCAUCCCGUCUCUCCUUCCCCCUCCGCCAGCGGCGGAGCCCUCCGCUGUGUACAUCGUGCGGUUGCGCGACCUUCCGCCAAUCUCCGCGUAUCGCGGCGGAAUCGCCGGUUUCCCCGCGACGAUACCUCCUUUCGCCGCCACCACCGCCGCUGCCGCCGCCGCCGUGAAGGCCACCGCGGCGGCGUCAGGAUUGCGCAACAUGCGCAAAUCGCUGCGCCGGUGGUUCCGCCGGCGGAACCCGAACAUCCGCCUUCCGCACGUGCAGGCGUUUGCGCGGCUUCUGGGGCAAGCACAGGCGGCCGUCGCGAAGAAAGCGGGCAUCCCGGCGAACAAAAUGCUUUACAGCUACAAGUAUCUGAGCAACGGAUUCGCCGCAGUGCUGACGGCCGCGCAAGUCGACCAGCUGCGGAAAAACGCCGCUGUGGCGGAAGUGCGGCGGAGCCUCCCCGUCCGCCCCGCGGGGCAGGUGUCCUCCCCAGCUCGCCGCUUGUUCACCCCCGCCGCAGCGGAAAGCGCAGAAUCAGCGGGAAUAGCAACCGCGGCGGGGAAGCCCGCGCCUGGAGGGACUCCCGCGCCUGGGGGAAAGCCCCCGGGGACGCCCGCGCCCGGGGGGACUCCCGCGCCUGGGGGGACGCCCGCGCCUGGGGGGACGCCCGCGCCCGGGGGGACUCCCGCGCCUGGGGGAACGCCCGCUCCUGGGGGGGUGCCCCCGCCUGUGGGGACGUUCGCGCCUGGGGGGUCUCUCACGCCCGGGGUGACACUCGCGCCUGUGGGAAAGCCCCCACCUGCGGGGCCGCCCGCGCCUAGUACGGGGAAGCCCGCGGGAGGGGGGAGCGGAAAAACGGGGACUUCACAGGACAGCCUGCUAAAGUCGCCGCUGGAGCUGUGGGCGGCAAACGGGGGGGAGCAGAGCGCGGGGGAGGACGUGAUAAUUGGGGUGAUCGACAGCGGAAUCUGGCCCGAGCACCCCUCGUUCAGCGACAAUGACUCGAACCCGUACGGCCCGCCGCCCGCCACGUGGCAGGGAAAGUGCGACUCGUCGGAGGAUUUCCCCGCGUGCAACGGCAAGGUGAUCGGCGCGCGCUUCUUUAUCGAUUCGUUCGACAGCAACGGUCGCCAGCUCAACACCGCUGUCGACUACCGCUCGCCGCGCGACGCGGACGGCCAUGGCUCCUGGUGUGCUGGCGCGUCAGCAGGGAACAGCAACGUCCCCGUGGUGUCCAGCUCAGGCAAGCGCUUCGGCACCGUCUCCGGCAUGGCGCCGCGCGCGCGCAUCGCCGUGUACAAGGUCUUCUGGACGCAAAAAGACGGCUCGCUUAUCGCCGAACAAGCCGACAUUGAAGCAGCGGUGAAUCAAGCCGUGGAGGAUGGGGUGGAUGUGCUCAGCAUGUCUUAUGUCAGCGACGUAGGCACCAGCUACUUUGACGACCGGAUCUACCUCCGCGCGAAUCAGGUCGGCGUCGUGCCGAUCUUCGCCGCCGGGAACGCCGGCCCGCCGCCCGGCUACUCGGCGUACCGCACUCUGUAUAAUUACUCUCCGUGGUAUCUCACUGUGGGGGCUGGCAACCUGGCGCAGCAGUACCAGACGCAGAUUACCCUCGGAAACAAGGCGGUAGUUCUAGGCGCUGGCCUUGGCGGUAAUGCGGUAACCGCCAAGGGGCUCCCGUUGAUCGACGGCCGGUCUGCACCUGGGGACGUGGCGAGCCUCGACGAAGCAGAGCUGUGCUUUCCAGGGUGCCUGGACCCGGCUAAAGUAGCUGGCAAGAUUGUGAUGUGCUUGCGAGGCGGAGUGUAUUUGUUCGAGAAGGCUCGUGUGGUGGCAGCGGCGGGCGGCCUGGGGGUUAUUUUUGUGAAUGACCCGACCGGGAGCUCGGAUGUGUAUUCGUCAGUGUCUGAAGCCACAAUCCCCACGGUGCAUCUUACGGCGGCGCAGGGGGCAGUGAUUCGCACGUACAUCAAGAAAACCAAGCAGCCCACAGCAGCCAUGGCAGCAGACAGUGCAUUCGGCAAGUCAACUAUCUCCCCGCCCGCCGUAGCUGCUUUCUCCUCCACAGGCCCUCCGCUAGACCCCAUGGCUGAUCCCGUCGCAGGAGGCCCCAUCAACGAUAUCCUCAAGCCGGACAUUCUCAGUCCAGGUGUCGAGCUCUGGUCUGCAGUUGCAGGCGAUAUCAACGACAGGGAGAAGCCCGCGUUUGAUCUCCUCUCUGGGACGUCCAUGGCCACGCCGCUUGUCGCGGGGGUAGCUGCGCUGCUCGUGCAGAAAUUCCCCACGUGGACGCCCGCUCAGUUCCACCUUCUGUUUGUCACCUACCUUCUCGCCUCCUUAACUCCUUUUUCCCCUUACCUCAUCUUCUUCCCUCCUCCCUUUCCCCCUAUUUCUACUUUCCCUCCCUCCCCCCGUCACUUGUCCCGACCGCGCACGUUCGCCCUCCCCCGACCGCGCACGUUCGCCCUCCCCCGACCACGCACGUUCGCCCUCCCCCGACCACGCGCGUUCACCCUCCCCCGACCGCGCACGUUCACCCUCCCAACUUCAGAUGAUAUCAUCUCUUUCUCCCCGCCGCAAUCCGCGCAAUCGACGGCCUCCACUUACCUCUAUAAAGUCUACCUCAACACCGCGCCGCCCGUCUCCCUGUAUCGCGGCGGAAUCGCCGGCUAUCCCGCCACCGCGGGGGUGUCCGACGCGCUCUCGGGCAUCGCGGCGGGGAUGCGCGGAGCCGCACGCCGCGCGCGGCAGCAGAUGCGGCGAGGGCCGCUGCGCGACUUCGCCAAGUUUCUCGGGCAGGUUCAGAAAAAGGUCGCGGAGGACGUCAAUCUGCCCAUGUCAAAAGUUCUUUACAGCUACAAGUACGUGAGCAAUGGCUUCGCGGCGCGGCUGACGCUAAAGCAGGUGCAGCAGCUGCGGCGGCACCCGCAGGUGGCGUCGGUGCGCGCGAGCCGCCGCAUAGUGGCGUCUACCACGCACUCCCCCGCGUUCCUCAACCUCCCCGGAACCCUGUGGCCCGCGAAUGGCGGCGUGCAGAGCGCGGGGGAGGACGUGAUAAUCGGGGUGAUCGAUAGCGGGAUCUGGCCCGAACAUCCCUCGUUCAGCGACAAUGGCACGCAACCAUACAGCCCCCCCCCAACGCGGUGGGCGGGGCGGUGCGAGGCUACCAAGGACUUCCGCCAGUGCGGGCGCAAGAUCAUUGGCGCGCGCUUCUUCGCCUGCUGCGGCGUGGACACCACCUUCGAGUACUGGAGCGCCCGCGACGCCGCCGGCCACGGCUCCUGGUGCGCCGGAGCGGCAGCGGGCAACAACGGGGUGAUGGUCACGGGCCCCACCGGCGCCACCUUCGGAGCAGCCAGCGGCAUGGCUCCGCGCGCACGCCUGGCCAUCUACAAGGCGCUAUGGAAGAGCUCGGAUGGGAGCGCGGCGGGGGAGACGGUGGACAUAGAGGCGGCCGUUGAUGCUGCUGUGGCGGACGGUGUGGAUGUGCUCAGCAUGUCGUUUGGUGAUCUGGGCAUGGAGGCGACUUAUUUCAGUGAUGGUGCUCUGUUGAACGCGGUGCAGGCGAACGUGGUGCUGGUGAUGGCGGGGGGCAACGAGGGUCCUCCCCCAACCUACUACAACUACCGCUCGCUCACCAACGUCUCGCCCUUCUACCUCACUGUCGGCGCCAGCACCAUAGGCCGGCAGUACCGCACGCAGCUGCUGCUGGGGAACGGCGUGGCGAUCAAGGGCGUGGGCGUGGGGGGCACGGCGGAGACAGCAGCAGGGCUGGUAAUCAUUUCAGGCGGACAAGCUGUGGUGGAUGGGGGAGACGUGGGCAAGGCACAGCAGUGCUUCGACACAAUGCUGGACCCCGGUAAAGUAGCCAACAAGAUAGUCGUGUGCGACCGUGGAGUCACCUCCAUCCUCUCCAAGGUCUCUGUCGUGGCGUCGCUGGGCGGCAAGGCGAUGGUGCUGGCGAACGUGGCGGGCAGCCCGUCGACCACGGUGGAGCUGGUGGAGGGGGCGACCAUCCCGACGCUGCAUGUGUCUUUGGAGCAGGCUGGGGAUAUCAUGGACUAUCUGCAAGGCGAUCCCAGCCCAACAGCCACUCUGGCAGUAGCAGCAGAACCAGCCGUCACAGCCGCGCCCGCCCCCUCCGUGACCUACUUCUCCUCCACGGGUCCAGUGGCGGAGCCCUCGUCCAUGCCGCGCAAGCCCUACCCCACCAACGACAUCCUCAAGCCCGACAUCAUCGCCCCGGGCUUCAACCUCUGGGCCGCUUCCGCCGGGGCCAGCCUCGCGACGAAAUCCGUGCCGGUGUUUUCCCUCCUCUCGGGAACAUCCAUGGCUACCCCCCACGUGGCGGGGAUCGCAGCGCUGAUUGUCCAGGCGCACCCCGAGUGGUCUCCCGCGCAGGUCAUGUCGGCCAUUCUCACCACGGCCAGCACGAGUAACACCGCGGGAGGCCCGAUUCUCAACAGCAUCGGCCAGCCGGCUACCCCGUGGGAUAUGGGCGCCGGCCAUGUGAACCCUGCGGGGGUGCUCGACCCGGGGUUGACGUUCGACGCGAGCUACACGGAUUACCUUUCCUUUCUCAGCGGGCAGGGAGGGAAGGUUUCGAUGAAGAGUCUGGGACUGGGUAAGGCGGCCCCCAAGGGGUUGAAAGCGAUCGCAGGGUAUAACCUCAACCGCCCGACCAUCUCCGUCUCACGCCUGCAGAAAACCGUUACGGUGAUUCGUUUUGUGAAGAACGUUGCCGGUGUGAGCUCGACGUAUACUGCUCGGGUGGUCCCCCCGGCGAACGUGAAGGUGGUGGUGAAGCCGCUGGUGCUGGUGGUGGGUGCGGGCAGGACAGCAAAUUUCACCGUGCAGUUUACUGUGACGAAGGCGUCGCAGGAGUUUUCGUUCGGGAGCCUGUUUUGGGAGGAUGGGGCUGGACAUGUGGUGCGGUCGGUGCUUGCCGUGCAGCCGAUUAAGAAGUAG